AUGAAGCCACCUCAGCAGGUAACGGAUUCGGCGGCUGCGACGAGAUGUUUGCUUUUAGUUAAGCCCUCAUCGUUUAUUCGUACGUUGUGCUCAACGCCACCAGUUGAAGAGCACGAAGCUACGUCUGACAACCGCACCUUAAUUCAACCUCGGAGUUCUGGUCGCCUACGUUUCAACGAUGACAUCAUCGUUAGCUUCAUCAUGAACGCUGAAGAAUUUCGAAAAUACGGUAAAGAAAUGGUGGAUUUUGUAGCGGAUUUUUGGGAGAAUAUUCGAGAACGUCAACCGUUACCUGACGUUAAACCUGGAUAUAUCAGUGACGUGGUUCCCCUCGGCCCACCUACUCAACCAGAAGAUUGGAAGACAAUUUUCAGUGAUUUGGAAAAUGUUGUAAUGAAAGGCAACACUUAUUGGCAUCAUCCACAUUUUUUCGCGUACUUCCCGACUGCAUGUAGUUAUCCGGCAAUUAUGGCCGAUAUUCUCAGUGGUGGUAUAGCUGGUAUAGGAUUUAGCUGGAAAUCAGGUCCUGCGAUGACAGAACUUGAAAUGGCUACGUUAGACUGGUUGGUUGAUGUAUUGGGUCUUCCAGAACAUUUCAAGAACUCACAUCCCGGGCCUGGUACCGGCAUCAUUCAAAACACCGCCAGCGAUGCGACAAUAAUAGCGAUCAUGGCCGCUCGGGCAAGAGCUGUUGAGGCAGUGAAAAAUGAGUCCAGUUCGAUAUUUUCGUGGAUGGCUAGCACAGAACUUGGAAAAACCGUAAGAGGAAUCCUUACGAAAGUAAGACAGAGUACGAUCGAAGACGAAGAAAGCGGCAUAAUUUGCCCUUAUUAUCACGAUCCUGCGAUAUUCGAGAAGCUUAUCGCCUAUUGUUCGGAUCAGGCUCACUCCUCUGUCGAAAAGGAUUCGAUGCUCUGUGGUGUGAAAUUGCGAAAAUUAAAAAGUACCGUCGAUCCUGAAUUCAAAAAUUACACGGUGACAAAAGAAGUUCUCGAGAAUGCUAUUAAGGAAGAUAGAGCUCGUGGACUUAUACCUUUCGUUAUGAUCGCCACGAUGGGUACAACCAGUUCAUGCAGUAUUGAUCGAUUGGACGAGUUAGGACCGAUAUGUAAUCGAGAGCAUAUGUGGUUACAUGUUGAUGCAGCUUACGCAGGAUCCUUCCUUGCAUGCCCGGAAUUUCGUUACAUGUCAAAGGGUAUGGAAUUAGUUGACUCGUUCAACUUCAACGCACACAAGGCGAUGCUGAUCAAUUUCGAUUGCUCUCCUAUGUGGUUCAAAGACGGGACUACAGCGGCCAAAUAUUUCACUAUAGAUCCAGUGUAUCUUAAACAUGAGCAUCAAGCCGUAGCAUCAGAUUACAGGAAUCUCCAAGUAGCACUAGGUAGACGAUUUCGUGCUUUAAAAAUAUGGUUUGUGUUGCGAAAACUUGGCGUUGAAUUCAUCCAAGCAUUGUUAAGGAGGCAAAAUAUCCAAGCAAUACUGUUCGCCAAGUUAAUCAACGACGACCAAAUCUUUGAGCUGUUUGUUCCACAACACCUUGGACUUGUAUGUUUUAGGAUUAAGGAUAGCACAAAUGAAGAAAACGAGGAGCUAUGUACAGCAAUCAAUGAUGAUCGUCGAAUACAUUUGGUUCCUUCGAAGGUUCAUGGAACAUUCUUCCUUCGUCUUUCCGUUUGUAGUCAACUCACUACCGAUGACGAUAUAAGAUUUGCUUACAACGUCAUAUUUUAUGAAGCAUAA